AUGGUAACUUUACUACCGGGCAUUUUUUCCAUCCUAGUAAUAACAGAAUUUGUUCUAGGAAAUUUUGCCAGUGGCUUCAAAGCAGUGGUGAACUGCAUUGACUGGGUCAAGAGACGAAAGAUGUCCUCAGUUGAUCGAAUUCUCACUGCUCUGGCGGUCUCCAGAAUCGGUUUGCUCUGGGUAAUGUUAAUAAACUGGUUUGCAGCUGUGUUGAACCCAGCUUUAUAUAGCUUAGAAGUAAGACUUCUUGUUCAUAUUGCGUGGACGGUAAACAAUCAUUUUAACAUCUGGCUUGCUACUAGCCUCAGCGUAUUUUAUUUGUUCAAAAUAGCCAAUUUCUCUAGCCUUAUUUUUCUUCGCCUGAAGUGGAGAGUUAAAAGUGUAGUUCUUGUGAUACUGUUGGGGUCUUUGUUCUUUUUGGUUUUUCAUGUUGCAGUGGUAAGCAUAUGUGAGAAAAGCAUAUAUGAGAAAAAUUCCUUCAUAAGCAAGAUGAAGGAAUAUGAAGGAAACAUCACUAGGCAGACCAAAUUGGGGAACAUUGUAAGCCUUUUGAAUAUGAUUGUAUUCACGCUAACAAACUUUGUGCCCUUUGCUAUAUCCCUGACAUCUUUCCUGCUGUUGAUCUUUUCCCUGUGGAAACAUCUCAAGAAGAUGCAAUCCAGUGGAAGGAGAUCCCAAGAUCCCAGCACCAAGGUCCACAUAAGAGCCAUGCAGACUGUGAUCUCUUUUCUCUUGUUAUUAGCUGGUCAUUUCCUGACUCUAAUUGUCACAGUCUGGAGUUCUAAUGGGCUGCAGAACAAACUAUUCUUCAUGCUUUACCAAGCUUUUGGAUUCUUGUAUCCUUCAAGCCACUCAUUUAUCCUGAUCUGGGGAAACAAGAAGCUCAACCAGGCCUUUCUGUCUGUUUUAUACCAGGGGAUGUGCUGGCUGAAAGAACAGAAACUCUCAACUCCAUAG